ACAAAACACAGAACAGGUCGGAAAGCGUUGAUUCUAUAUUUAAGGUCUACUCUUUACCGGUAACAAACAACAAAUGAUCAAAACCCCCUAUGAAGAUACUGUAUUUUUUAUUAUUAAUCAACACUUGAAUUUCAAAACCCUAGCCAUGAUUGUCUGAAAUCUGCACCAUCAACAACAACAACAACUCUGUAUCUUGUUCGAUCGCAGUGUCUGAAACAAAGAAAGAAAGAGCUGAUCGAUCGCGUUUGUGAGUCGGGCAAUUCGUCGAACACAUGGCGGACAAAAAGCAGCUCAUCUUGGUGGUCGAAGGUACCGCCGCUAUGGGCCCGUACUGGCGCACCAUAGUCUCCGACUAUCUCGAGAAAGUUAUCAGGUCAUUUUGCGAUAAUGAUUCUUUGAAAUCAUCUGGGGCUGUUGCUGAGCUGGCCCUGAUAAUGUUCAAUUCUCAUGGAUCGUACAGCUCUUGCUUGGUACAACGAAGUGGUUGGACAAGAAAUGUCGAUUAUUUUUUCGAAUGGCUUUCGGCUUUACACUUUUCCGGCGGUGGUUUUUGUGACGCCGCAAUUGCUGAGGGACUCGGUGAAGUAUUAAUGAUGUAUCCGUAUUCAAACGUGUCGCAAAAUCAACACAAUAUGGGUGUUCAAAGGCAUUGUAUACUUGUUGCUGCAAGUAAUCCAUAUCCGUUACCGACACCUGUUUACCGACCACCAAUUCAGAAAAUAGAACCGGCUGCUGAUAAUAGUGAGGCACAGUCGGAGAGCCGUUUAUCAGAUGCUGAAACUGUCGCAAAAGCGUUUUCUCAGUGUUCUAUUUCUCUAUCGGUUAUAUGCCCGAAGCAGCUUCCGAAACUCAAAGCAGUUUAUAAUGCGGCAAAAAGGAACCCGGCAUCACCGGAUCCGACAAUUGACGUUGUGAAAAAUCCGCAUUAUCUUGUACUCAUUUCUGAAACGUUCAUGGAGGCCCGUGCGGCUUUAAGUCGAUCCGGGAUUACAACUAUGCCGUCUCAAAGUCCUAUAAAAGUCGACACAAGUUCAAUUCCUCCUGUUUCGGGCCCACCUCCAACUUCCGUUACAUCAAACGCAUCGUUAAUAAACCGCCAGCCCAUUUCAGCAGCAACCAUUCCUCCCGCUACUGUAAAAGUUGAACCCACGACGGUUUCAUCAAUGCCACCCGCACCCGUACCAGUGACCGCACCCUCUUUUCAACAUGUGCCGCCUGUGGCUCGAGCCGCGUCUCAAGGUGUCCCGACCAUGCAAACGUCUUCACCAUUGUCGGUUUCUCAAGAAAUGUUAUCGAACAAUGAAACGGUUCAAGAAGUUAAACCGGUUGUUAACGGAAUUCAACCGCCGUUACGUCCUACUGGUCCCGUAAACGUGAGCAUUCUUAAUAACCUUUCACAAGCGCGGUUAAUGAACACUGCCCUUGCUGGCGGCACAUCCAUGGGGCUACCGUCGGUGAUUGGCGGGAAUCCAAUGGCCAUGCAUAUGAAUAACAUGAUAUCUAGCGGAAUGGCAUCAACUGUACCCAUAUCGCAAACCGUAAUUCCACCUGGGCAAUCCAGUCUUACAUCAUCGAUUCCUGCAUCGAGUACGGUUUCUGGGACUGCACUGAGUACCGUACCCGUACCCGUAUCCGUACCCAGUUCAUUUACUUCAGCCACUUCUAACAUGACUGGCAGCGUAAGUCAACCAUUGGGUAAUCUGGGUCAGCCUGUUUCGGGCAUGGGCCAAGGGAACCUUGCAGGCCCAGGCCCAGUACCGCAAAUGGUGCAGAGCGGAAUGGGAAUGAAUCAGAAUAUGAUGGGUCAACCUGGAACCGGAACCGGAACAGUGGCUGGAACUGGGGGGGCUGGAAAUGGGACCGGGACCAUGAUGCCGACACCUGGCAUGUCUCAACAAGUACCGGGAAUGCAAACUCUUGGUGUAAAUAACAACACCGCUGCUAAUGUUGGUCUUCCGCAACAGACGGCAGGUGGCGGUGCACUGCAAUCAGCUCAGUCAAAAUAUGUCAAAGUUUGGGAGGGUAACUUAUCGGGGCAGAGGCAAGGGCAGCCUGUGUUUAUUACAAGAUUAGAAGGAUACCGGAGCGCGACAGCUUCAGAAUCGCUUGCGGCUAACUGGCCACCAACUAUGCAAAUAGUUCGCCUUAUAUCCCAAGAUCACAUGAAUAACAAGCAAUAUGUGGGAAAAGCAGAUUUUUUAGUUUUCAGAGCGAUGAAUCAGCAUGGAUUUCUCGGACAGCUACAAGAAAAGAAGCUUUGUGCAGUCAUACAGCUACCCUCACAGACCCUUUUACUCUCGGUUUCUGAUAAAGCAUGCCGGUUGAUUGGAAUGCUUUUCCCUGGGGACAUGGUGGUGUUUAAGCCACAAAUCUCCGGUCAGCAGCAGCCGCAACAGCUUCAGCCGCAACAGCUUCAACCGCAACAGCACCCACAAAUGCAACAACAACAACAGCAGCAGCAGCAGCAGCAGAUGCAACACAUGCAGCAGCAACAACAGAUUCCACCACUGCAGCAACAGCAGCAGAUGCAACAGCCGCCACAACAACAGCAGCCGCCGCCACAACAACCAUUGCAGCAGCAGCAGCAACAACAAAUGGUUGGGACCGGGAUGAACCAAGGUUAUGUUCAGGGUCCAGGUGGCAGAUCGCAAAUGGUGUCUCAGGGACAAGUUUCUUCACAAGGCCCGCAAAGCAUGUCCAGCGGUAGUUUUAUUAACUGAUGCUAAUUUUUUUACAUUAAAACAUAUAAGAAAAGCAUGUGGAAUUGAUCAUGUAUUGUGUAUGCAUAUGUUUUUGGCAUGUUACUUUUGGUGUUAGUAUGUAUGAACUAAUAAUAAUAUUUAUUCAAGUGUUUUUUUGUUGGGUUGCUUGA